AUGCUCUACGAUAAGAUGACCAUGUACAUUGGCAGCGGUUACGAGGAGCAGAUCCUCAACAUCAUCUGGGUCGGUCUGCUGAGCGUCGAAGCUCUCAUGGUCGCCGGCGUCGCUGGUGUUGCUAUUACGCGCAAGUUCAAGGGCGCCCCCAAGCAGAAGACGAUCUAG